AUGUCUUUACCUCAAAGACCUGGCAAAGCCUCACCCCGUCGAGAGGAAGCCCGCGCAUUUCGUGAACCCUCCCGCCGUCGCCGACGAGAUACCGACUCGGGAGCCUACAGUGACGACCCCACUUCUCCUUCACACCGGCACCGUCGCCGACACUCUCACAGCCACCGAAGAGGAAUGGAUACCGACGAAGAGCGCAUGGAGCGGGGCGGCGAGGUGCGACGAAAAAAGAGCAUGGUCAAACCGGAGCGCCGACGAGAAGACCGCGACCAUCCAAAUUACCACUACCGCCAACGGUCGCAUCAAAUGUCAACAUUCCCAUCAAACACAGGAAAUGAUCCGCUUUUGGACCACCGAGAUGGCGAAGCGGAGACAAAUAGCUCGCGCAGCGUAGAAUCAAAGAAGGACGGGCUUUAUGGCGCGCGAGGAAAUGUCAAUAAGCCGAUGGAGCGGGUACCCAGCAGGCAUCGCUCCAAGAAGAAGAAGAGAGGAUCGCGACGAUCGUCAAAAGGUGCUUCUGCGGAUGAGAAACGGCGACAGAAGGCGAUUGAGCAGAGUGGUCCACCCGAGCUAUGGCCUACCUAUUGCGCAGUGCUCACAUUCUUCAUCCCGGACUUUGUUCUGAAGUGUUUCGGCAUGCCACAGAAGGAGCAGCGCACUGCCUGGCGAGAGAAGAUUGGCCUGAUCAGUAUCAUUCUCAUGAUAGCCGCCUUCGUCGGUUUCCUGACCUUUGGUUUCACUGCCACUGUCUGUGGGUCUCCUCCAGUUCGUCUGAAGGUCAACAAAGUCAACUCCAACUAUAUGAUCUUCCAUGGAAAGGCGUACGAUCUGUCUGGAUCAACCCAUCCCGCUGUGGAGGGCAUUCCCGCGGGCACCAACGUGCUCUACGAUCUGCCACACAAAUACGGUGGCCAAGAUGGCAGUUUCUUCUUCCAGCAGGUCAACGGUGCUUGCAAAGGAUUGAUCACCGCAAAGUCAGGCGGAGAUAUCCCCACCAACUCCGAUGGGGAUUUGGGAUGGUAUUUCCCAUGCGCCCCAUUCAACCAAGACGGUUCAUCCAAGCCGAAUUUGACGGUCGAUAACUACGUGGGUUGGGCCUGCCAUACCAGCAAAUCAGCGCGCAAUCCAUUUUACACACUUUCCAGCGACGGAGAUGUUUACUACACCUGGGAAGAUACCAAGAACAAGAGCCGAAACCUCGCCGUGUACUCGGGCAACGUGCUCGACCUCGACCUACUCGCUUGGUUCGACACCACCCAGGUCUCGUAUCCGUCCCAAUUUGACCAGCUUCGCACAAACCCCGAUGUUCGCGGCGUUGAUCUCACCUACUAUCUUCAAAGCGGAGCUGACAAGAAGCUCGGAAAAUGUCUCACGCAGAUUAUUAAGGUGGGCAGUAUUGACACCGACACGGUCGGUUGCAUCGCGUCCAAGGUUGUGCUUUACGUCUCUCUGAUCUUUAUUCUCUCGAUUGUGGUCGUCAAAUUCGCCUUCGCUCUGCUAUUCCAAUGGUUCUUGGCCCCAAGGUUUGCCGCGCAGACUACAAGUAUGGCCUCUGACGCCAGGACCCGUAACCAGCAGAUUGAAGACUGGUCCAACGAUAUCUAUCGACCUGCUCCUCGAAUUACCGACCCAGUUUCUUCCGAUCGUAUGAGCAAACGCGCCAGCUUUUUGCCCACCACGUCUCGAUUCUCUAGCCCCUACAAUGUCAGCAGCAGCAGCGGUAGCAAGCAGAGGCCUAUCUACGUCACCAUGGCGAGCCAGAACUCUACUUCACGACUGAUGCCAAGCUCGAACCCCGGAACGAUGUACAAAUUGAGUCACAAUGGCAGUGGAGGGACGCUGAGUGCUGAAAAUUCUCGCAAUAACCAUGCCGCCAGUCGGACGAGUCUACAUCCCCCAGGACAAGACCCCGGCUAUGCGACCCUCUCGACCGACCACGAAGGCCCUGGACCUGCUGGUUUCAUCCACGAGGCUGUCGUACCCCAACCACCUCCUGAAUGGCAGCCAUUUGGCUACCCUCUUGCACACUCCCUCUGCCUGGUCACUUGCUACUCCGAGGGUGAAGAGGGUAUUCGAUCGACUUUGGAUUCCCUUGCCACAACAGACUAUCCAAACAGCCACAAGACGAUUCUUGUCAUCUGUGACGGUAUCAUCAAGGGUAAAGGAGAAGAGUUUUCGACACCGGAUAUUGUACUCGGCAUGAUGAAAGAUCCUUUCGUCCCCAUGGACGAGGUUCAGCCUUAUUCCUACGUGGCUGUGGCCACUGGAUCUAAGCGACACAACAUGGCCAAGGUUUACACAGGAUUCUACGACUACGGCGACACCUCCAUCAUUCCCACCGAAAAACAACAGCGUGUUCCCAUGAUGGUUGUUGUCAAGUGUGGCACUCCCCAGGAAUCCACCCAAUCGAAGCCCGGUAACAGAGGCAAGCGCGACAGUCAAAUCAUCCUAAUGUCGUUCCUCCAGAAGGUCAUGUUCGACGAACGUAUGACAGAGCUCGAAUUCGAGAUGUUCAAUGGCAUGUGGAACGUCACUGGCAUACCACCAGACUUCUAUGAGGUCGUUUUGAUGGUCGACGCCGAUACCAAAGUCUUCCCUGACAGUCUAACCCACAUGGUCUCGGCUAUGGUGAAGGAUCCCGAGAUUAUGGGUCUUUGCGGCGAGACCAAGAUUGCCAACAAAACCGACAGUUGGGUAACCAUGAUCCAAGUUUUCGAGUACUUCAUCUCCCAUCAUCAAGCGAAAUCGUUUGAGUCUAUCUUCGGUGGUGUGACCUGUCUUCCGGGAUGCUUCACCAUGUACCGCAUCAAGGCCCCGAAGGGUGGCCAGAAUUACUGGGUGCCCAUCCUUGCCAACCCGGACAUCGUCGAACACUACUCGGAGAACGUGGUUGAUACGCUGCACAAGAAGAAUUUGCUUCUGCUCGGCGAGGAUCGAUACCUCACCACCCUCAUGCUCAAGACCUUCCCCAAGCGCAAGCAGAUCUUCGUCCCGCAGGCCGUCUGCAAGACUGUGGUCCCCGACGCUUUCAUGGUCCUACUCUCCCAACGCCGCCGCUGGAUCAACAGUACCGUACACAAUCUCUUCGAACUGGUCCUCGUCCGCGAUCUGUGCGGCACAUUCUGCUUCAGUAUGCAAUUCGUCAUCUUCAUCGAACUCGUCGGAACACUGGUCCUCCCUGCCGCUAUCUCCUUCACCAUUUACGUCGUCAUCUCCUCUAUUGUCAACCGGCCCGUCCAGGUCAUCCCGCUUGUCCUCCUCGCUCUGAUCCUCGGUCUUCCCGGUGUCUUGAUUGUCGUCACCGCGCACAGACUGGUCUAUGUCCUCUGGAUGCUGAUCUACCUCAUUUCACUCCCUAUCUGGAACUUCGUCUUGCCAACCUAUGCGUUCUGGAAAUUCGACGAUUUCAGCUGGGGUGAUACCCGUAAGACAGCGGGCGAGAAGGAUAAAGGUCACGGUGAUGCGGAGGGCGAGUUCGAUAGUACCAAGAUCACGAUGAAGAGGUGGCGAGAUUUCGAAAAAGAACGCCGCUUGCGCACAACGUGGGCGCAGCAGCCUCAUCCUUCUGAUUAUCCAUCGCACUACGAGCCUUACUCGCAUUAUUAA